GGCGGCUCGUUGGUUGUUGAGGCAACGGCGCUGCGGGCAUGGCGAGCUGCGAGCCGGCGGCCGGCGAAGGCGGCGGCGCGGCCGGGCGGCCGCUGCACUCGGCGCAGGCCGUGGACGUGGCCUCGGCCUCCAACUUCCGAGCCUUCGAGAUGCUGCACCUGCACCUGGACCUGCGGGCCGCGUUCGGGCCGCCGGGGCCGGGCCCGGGCAGCCGGGCGCUGAGCGGCACGGCCGUGCUGGACCUGCGCUGCCUGCUGCCCGAGGGCGCCCCCGAGCUGGUGCUCGACUCGCACCCGUGCCUCGAGGUGACGGCGGCGGCGCUGCGGCGGGGGCAGCCCUGCUCGGAGGAGCCGCCCGCGGAGCCGGUGGCCUUCCACACGCGGCCCUUCUCGCACUACGGCCAGGCGCUGUGCGUGGCCCUCCCGCAUCCCUGCCGCGCCGCCGAGCGCUUCCAGGUGCUGCUCACCUACCGCGUCGGGGAGGGCCCCGGGGUUUGCUGGCUGGCUCCUGAGCAGACGGCAGGAAAGAAGAAGCCCUUUGUCUACACCCAGGGCCAGGCCGUGCUAAACCGGGCCUUCUUCCCUUGCUUCGACACCCCUGCGGUGAAGUGCAAAUAUUCAGCUCUUGUUGAGGUCCCAGAUGGCUUCACAGCUGUGAUGAGCGCGAGCACCUGGGAGAAGAGAGGUCCGAACAAGUUCUUCUUCCAGAUGUGUCAGCCCAUCCCCUCCUAUCUGAUAGCUCUGGCCAUCGGAGACCUGGUUUCGGCUGAAGUUGGACCCAGGAGCCGGGUGUGGGCCGAGCCCUGUCUGAUUGAUGCCGCCAAGAAGGAGUACAACGGGGUGAUAGAAGAAUUCUUGGCAACGGGAGAGAAACUCUUCGGACCCUAUGUGUGGGGAAGGUACGACUUGCUCUUCAUGCCGCCAUCCUUUCCGUUUGGAGGAAUGGAGAACCCUUGUCUGACCUUUGUCACCCCCUGCCUGCUAGCAGGGGACCGCUCCCUGGCCGAUGUCAUCAUCCAUGAGAUCUCCCACAGUUGGUUUGGGAACCUGGUCACCAACGCCAACUGGGGUGAGUUCUGGCUCAACGAAGGCUUCACCAUGUACGCCCAGAGGAGGAUCUCCACCAUCCUCUUCGGGGCUGCUUACACCUGCCUGGAGGCGGCAACCGGGCGCGCUCUCCUGCGCCAGCACAUGGACAUCAGCGGCGAGGAAAACCCACUCAACAAGCUCCGAGUGAAGAUCGAACCAGGUGUCGACCCGGACGACACGUACAACGAGACCCCCUACGAGAAAGGUUUCUGCUUUGUCUCGUACCUGGCCCACUUGGUGGGCGACCAGGAUCGGUUUGACAAAUUUCUCAAGGCCUAUGUGGACGAGUUUAAGUUCAAGAGCAUCAUGGCCGAAGACUUUCUCGAGUUCUACCUGGAAUAUUUCCCCGAGCUGAAGAAAAAGAGAGUGGAUUCCAUUCCAGGGUUUGAGUUUGAUCGGUGGCUGAACACGCCUGGCUGGCCCCCGCACCUCCCCGAUCUCUCCCCCGGGGACUCGCUCAUGAAGCCUGCCGAAGACUUGGCCCAGCUCUGGGCGGCCGAGGAGCUGGACAUGAAGGCCAUCGAGGCUGUGGCCAUCUCGCCCUGGAGGACCUACCAGCUGGUCUACUUCCUGGACAGGAUCCUCCAGAAAUCCCCUCUCCCUCCCGGGAACGUGAAGAGACUGGGAGAGACGUACCCAAAGAUCUCAAACGCCCAGAACGCAGAGCUGCGGCUCAGGUGGGGGCAGAUCGUGCUCAAGAACGACCACCAGGAGGACUUCUGGAAAGUGAAGGAGUUCCUGCAGAGCCAGGGCAAGCAGAAGUACACCCUGCCGCUGUACCACGCCAUGAUGGGCGGCAGCGAGGCGGCCCAGACCCUCGCCAGGGAGACCUUCGCAGCCACCGCCGCACAGCUCCACAGCAACGUGGUCCACUACGUGCGGCAGAUCGUGGAGCCCAAGGGCGGCUAGGGGCUCUGCCUCGUCGGACCUCGCGGGCCUUCAGAAUACCCAUUUGUUCCCAAAUCCCAGUUUUUCAGGCGACCUCCUAAAGUUUGUAUCUGUUCUCUGGGCUUGGCACCCGUGACUCCCGGGCCUCUGCUCUGGCGGGGACUCCUCCUGCCCGCCCAGUCCCGAGGACCUGCCCCCAGCUCUCCUCCCUGCCGGCUGCUGGCAUUGGAGGGCCGGCCGGCCAGGCUUCCCCUCCUCCCGAGUGGGUCUGGGGAGAGGGGAAGGGGCCUUGCCUGCCUCCCUUCUCCCCUUCUGUUCUUUCUUCCUUGUACUAUGCAAAGGGCUGCCAUUCUGGUUUUUCUUUUUUCAGGUUUAAUCCUUAUUUUAAUAAAUGUUUUUAAGCAAAAAAAGAAAAAAUA